AUGCGUGAAAUGAAAGUUUUCGAAGCAAUUCAUGGUGUUUUCCAUCAUCAACAUAAUUUAUGGCAAGCUAGAUACGACGAUAUUGGUCAUAAUAAAAUUAGUUUACAUGGUGCAAAAGUAAUAGCAUUGAUGUUAGAAAUAAACAGAGCACUUUUGUAUCUAAAUAUUAGUGGAAAUUCAUUGACAGAUGAUGGUUUAGUAUCGAUUGCCAAAGCAUUAAAGCUCAAUAAAAGUUUAAUUAGACUCGAUAUUGAUGAAUGUGGUUUUUCUGAUGAAGGUUUAUCAGAACUUUCAAAAGUAUUAACUGAAAAUUCAAUAUUAACCCAUUUGUCAAUGUUUAGAAAUGAGCAUAUUACAGAUGAUGGUAUUAAUACACUUUUAAAUGCUUUAGAAAUUAAGAAAACACUUUUGGUUGUUUUCAUAUCGAAUACUACGAUUUCAAGUAUAAUGAAAAACAAAGUUCGAUAUAUUUUACAUAGUAAUAUUUUUCACAUUUCUAAAUAA